AUGGCUUUCUUGCUGAAGAGCAUGAUCGGGAACCCCUUGUCAGGAAUGGGUCUUGGUGGUGGAGGUGACAAAGAAGAGGAGGCCACCCCCUCAGAUCCAGCCAAAGCAGCAGGGAUGACACGGGAGGAGUAUGAAGAGUACCAAAAACAGUUGGUGGAGGAGAAGAUGGAAAGAGAUGCAGAUUUCUUACACAAGAAGGCAGAGAGGGCAACACUCAGGGUGUGUCUCAGAGAAAAGUACAGGCUGCCAAAGAGCGAGCAGGAUGAGAACAUGAUCGAGAUGGCCGGGGACGACGUGGACGUGCCCGAGGAGCUGCUCAAGAUGGUGGAUGAGGACGCCACAGAGGAGGAGGGCAAGGACUCCAUCAUGGGCCAGUUUCAAAACUUGCAGAACAUGGACAUGGACCAGCUGAAGGAGAAGGCCUCAGCCACCGUCACCGAGCUGAAGAGCAAAGCGGAGGAGAAGUGCUCCGUCAUGUGAAUGGCCAGCGGCGUCGCCUGGGUUUGAAUAACGAAGAGGAAAAAGAAGAAGAAGAGGAAGGGAGAAGGGAAGGACCCAAGAAAAUUCCAACACUUCAAGACGAUCUGCAGAGUGAGCGUUCCAGCAUCCUGUGACACUGUAAACCGCCUACGACGUUUAUACUUUUAUUAUAAGCACAAAAAAAAAGCAAAUCCUCUUUCUCUGAUAAAAAUGAAGUCUGGCCACACACAGUCUGCAUAUACUGAAGGAUUUAAGUGUCCCUGUUAGUUACUGAAUGGGUCAUUUACAACUUAUCACUGCAAUAAACUGAAAAUACUUUCAAUUAAAACCAGGGUGCCCCAUUUCUCCUCCUUGGGCAUUUUCU